UACCUACUAUUUUAUGUAGCUAUGCAAGUGUACGGGUGAGCGGACAUGGUCCCCUCACCAGUCUUUCCACUAUUUUAGUUUCAACUGGUCCAGCAGCUCAGAGGUUUAUGUGCGCGGGUCGUUCCAACUCCUUCAUAGUCUCAGCCACUUCCGAGAAUCUGACCUGUCUACUUCUCUCCGCAAGAUCUUAGAAUAUGGCUAGACCGUAUAACCAGUUAGUCCUGUUUGGGGACUCGCUCUUCCAGCAGUCUAGCGCAGUUCAAGAUGGCUUCUCGUUUCAGGGGGCUUUACAGAAUCAUUGCAUACGAUAUCUAGAUGUGGUAAACAGAGGCUUUUCUGGCUGGAAUACCAAGAAUGCCUUGGAAUAUCUUCCUCAGAUAUUCUUGCCGCCGUCGCCGUCAAACCCUAAGAUAGAGUACCUUCUGGUGCUGUUGGGUGCGAAUGAUGCGUGUCUCCCUGUUCCGACGAAUACUCAAGGAGUUCCAAUCGACCAAUACAAGGAUAACUUAAUUAAGAUCUUGAACCAUGAUCAUAUAAAAGCUCACAGCCCUAAGAUUCUGCUGGUCACACCUCCGCCAAUCGACGAGAUCCGAAUUACCGAGCUCGACCUGGCCGCAGGCCACGCGCAAGCGGUUCGGCAAGCAGCUGUCAGCGCUUCCUUUUCCGAAACAGCUAGAAAGGUGGCAGCAGAGAUCCCCGGUGUUGUGCUCGUCGAUCUUCAGAAAGCAAUAUUAGACAAAGCCGUCUCCUUGACUACGGACUUCGAUGCGAGCGGGCCUCCUUUGGGGUAUCCCAAAGGCAAACGAGGCGCCUUAGAGCAGCUUUUACCAGACGGGUUGCACAUGAGCGGGGUGGCAUAUCAGGUCUUCUUUGAUAUUGUCAAGCCGCACAUUGGUCCAUUCCCACCGGGACAAACGGUGUUUCCAGAGUGGCGUGUGUUGAACCCCGGAACACUAUAAUCGCUCAU